CAAAAAAGUCCGCUCUCCCUUUGUGCGGAGUCGCCCCCCUCUGUUACGUGGGAGGGUAGUUUAAGAGGUACCGAGUCUACAACUCCGACCGCCCCGAGCUCAUUCUCGCCCGUCUCCUUACCCUACACAGUCGCUCACACGUCCAAGAUCGAGCUUGUACGUCCCGCAUCACCACACUGACAAUCGGCAAUCCACCCCGCAAUCGGUGUGUAAGUGUUUACAAAGUCGGGGGUAAAGUCUGCUCGUGCUCCUUCUUCCCGUCGACGUCACCCCCGUACGUUCAGUUGCCGAUUGCCGCGACGAGCUAACGGACAGAACCCAACCCGCUUCUCCAUUAUCGUCACUUUCUUACCAAACAUCUACACUCGUGUUUUGUCUCGCCAAAUCUCCGUCUCAAACCAACCUGUGCAAUUUAAACACACCAAUUUUAUUUUUGUGAAAGUGGACACCAGUGAUGAGACGUGACUCUGAUUUAUUUAUUUAUUUUUCAACAACAUGAUUUGGAUUUGUGUGUUUUUUAUUUAGUUCGCCUAUUAGUGUCCACAAUUUAUUUAAUUGCCAUCAACUGACCCAGUGAAUAACUUAACGUGGGUUCUAAGAAAUGAAUGGAGCAAGAAAGACACCGUACCUGUAAUUCAAUCCGAUCUUUGUGAGUAAAACACCUUCAGAAUAAUAAUAACAACUCCCUCAGGCCUAAAUCUACUAGUUGGAUCAAAAUUAAACUCCUAAUAUGUAAAUUACGGCUGAAUUGCACCCAACUGAUUUGCACCCAAAUAAAUUUAAAAAAUUUAUUUAAGCCUCAAGAAUCAUCAACAUCUCCAAUUUUAAGCAUGACAAUCCUCCAAACCAGGUAAAUAAUUUUUGCCAGUGACAGAAGCUGAGAUUUUGCAUCAGCAAGUGUUCUGCGCCGUCGGAUCAAGAAUGUAAGCGUCCGUCGCUUGCGAACUCCACGAAAACUCUCAAGCUUUUGCAAAUUCUUUCAACUGACCAACAAUUAAUCAUUGAUGAUGAAAUAAGGUCAAUAUAAAUUGAGCAUCAGCCCAAAAUAGGAACAAGAAAGAGGAGGAUAGCGAGUUUUAUCAAAAAAGCGAUGCUAAUUUAGCAAUCACGAUUCAGCCGAAGGACUUGAAAAUGCCGCAGCGGUCGCCGUUUGCGAUCCAGGAGCUGCUGGGCCUCAACGGAACAGGAAGUGGGAGUGGACAUCACCAGGAACGAGGAUCCCCUCAUCAGCAGGGCUCGCCGCCGGCCGGAGUGUCCGCAGUGUCCUACGGGCCCGGAGUGGCCGCUCCGCACCACAAAAUAUGGGACUACAUGCCCAGCCUGACGAACCACCUCGGGAACUUGGGGAACCUGGGGAACCUCGGGAACCUGACUGCCUCGAGGAUGGCGUACCUGAACGCGCAAGCAGCCGUGGCAGCUGCUUUUCUGCCGCCUCCGCACCCGCACCCGGCUCACCAUGUCGCCCACCAGGUCCAUCAAGGACAGCUGCCCGGCUCUCCGGGCAUCAACGUCCAUCCUGCUGCUGCGCACGCUCAGCACGUCCUUCCGGGGGCCGGUGUGUCCAGCAACCACCAGCACAGUCCCAGUCACCAGCAGACGCCACCCCAUGAUUUUUCCCAGUCAAAGAGUAACUACUCAAACACUAAUUUCGGAGGCGUCGGCCAUCAUGUUGAAUCCGGUAAGGACUUCACCGUCGACGGGUUAUCAGGAUUCAGUAAAAAAAAGAAGAAAAAACGUCGUCAUAGCUCCAGGACGAUCUUCACGUCCCAGCAGCUGGAGGAGCUGGAGGCUGCCUUCAAGGAGGCCCACUAUCCCGACGUCUAUGCACGCGAAAUGCUCAGCCUCCGGACAGACCUCCCCGAGGACAGAAUACAAGUCUGGUUUCAAAAUCGGCGAGCAAAAUGGCGCAAAACGGAAAAAUGUUGGGGCAGAAGUACCAUAAUGGCGGAGUACGGUCUGUACGGAGCAAUGGUGCGGCAUUCAUUGCCUCUUCCCGAGACAAUACUCAAGAGCGCCAAAGAGAACGAGUCUGUUGCUCCCUGGCUCCUUGCACAAUCGUCUAAGACAACCGGCUUUAGUCAAGAUUUCGAAACUAACCAAGAACUGAUUGACUGUGGCCCCGUAGGGAUGCACCGGAAGUCGAUCGAGGCUGCGGAACACCUCAAGUCUGGAGGCGAGGACAGCGGAAACGACCACGCUGGGAGCAGCAGCAGUCCUAGCCACAAUCACCACCAGGGAGGACCCACCAGCUCUGAGAGCGGCCAGGAGAGCCAGGACGGCAUGGGAGGACCUUCUUCUGGAGUCGUCCAGGACACGGAGCAGCUGAGGAACGAAAGCAUCGCGUGCUUAAGAGCGAAGGCGCAGCAGCACCAGCUCCAGCUGAGCCUGCAGCCGGCGGCGGGCAGCAGCGCCUCAACAACUCCCGGAAGCACCUCAUAUCCGACAGGACCUCCGCCGACCAGCACGCUCCACGCCUCUGUUUAAUUAGAGACUCUCAAUCAUCAAUUAAUCAAUUGAUCAAUCGAAUUGGAUUUUCGGUCCUCCAUCAGCAGCGUCCCUUCCAUUACCCCGUUCCGGCUAGGCAGGUUAUUUGGAUUACCUGAACUGGAGGCUGGUUCAUUCGCUCCAUUUCCGUUGAUAAUAUUAGCGACUGCCGGCCUCGAACACAACCACCACUCUCUCCCUUCUCAGGCCAUGAUCUGCUAUCUGCACAAGUCUGAUUUAGCACCGGUAAACCAGACCCGGCCCGGAAACUAAUUUCCUCGAGCUACUUAUCCGGAGAGUUACCUCUAAAGAUACGUAUUUAAACCUCGGGAUUAUAUCGGAUUAUUUAUUACAUUUAUUACUCUCGUUCAAUCGCUACCAUUAUCAGUAUCGUUAUCCUUAUUAAUACUUACUAAAGAUUCUCAAGGUUUUGAUGGAAUUUGAUAAGGAGUUUAUAAUUUAUUUAAAAGAAAAUUUAAUUAAAAAAUAAAUAAAACAAAAAGUUAUUAAUUU